UUUGGCAGGACCGGAUGUUUUGCUGCGCUAUUGAGGCUCACUUUACUAGCGCUGCACGGCUUCAUCUCAGCUUCAGCUGAAGCGCAAAUAGACACAAGCUGAGGUUGCAUGAAGUGUCAUCCUUGUAGCUAAAAUACAGGAAUUUGCCGUCACCUAAAAUUCAUUAAGCCGUUAAACCAAUUCAAUAACUGUCAUCUGUCGCAGCCGCAGAAACAGGAUAGACGCAAAGGAGAAGUAACAUCACAUCAAACCCGGCAAACAAAGAGGUCCUCUUUUCAACGACAACAUUUUUCCUCCAUAUUCAAUAGUUAUGAGUCAUGUGGCCGUCGAUAAUACCCACGGCCUAGAGCAGCAGCUUGCUGUCCUAGACUUGACUGCUGCAGACGGACAAGGUGGAGGAACAAAUAGGAGAUAUAUUCCUCCACAUCUACGGAACAAAGACGCCUCCAAAAAUGCAGGAAAUGCCUUCGCUGCUGGUCGACAAGCUUACACCAUGGCACCUCCGGCCAACUAUGGUUGGGAUGGUGGCCGCAACAAUUUUGUUAAUGGCUACCAUGACAACCGGAUGACGGGCAACUCUUUUAACCGAGGCCCACCUCGCAUGGAGCGUGGCCGAGGUGGAGUUGGAGGAGGUGGUUACCGCGGCAACAGGGGAGGAGCCUUCAACCCCAUCAACCCAGCGCAGCCAAUGGGAUUUACUGGCUUUGCAAAUAAAGAUGCAGGUACCUGGAACACUGUCAAGGAUGCAUAUAGCAGCUUUGGCAACAAUCGAGGGAAGUCUGCAUUCUUCAAUGACAGAGGCAAUGCUAAUAGAGGGAGGUUUGAUCAUGGUGGAUUUGGCGGUGGUGGUGGAGGAGGAGGAAACAGCCGCUGGGUGGAGGAGUCUAGAGAUGAUGGAGAUUGGUCCAAACCGAUGCCACGUAACGAAUGCCUUGAACAUGAGUUGUUUUCUGGGAGCAACACUGGGAUUAACUUUGAGAAGUACGAUGACAUUCCUGUUGAGGCCACCGGACAGAACUGCCCUCAUCACAUUGAGAGUUUCCAGGAUGUAGAUAUGGGCGAAAUCAUCAUGGGUAACAUUGCCCUGAGUCGCUACACCAGACCAACGCCUGUUCAGAAAUAUGCAAUCCCUAUUGUAAAGUCAAAGAGAGACCUCAUGGCCUGUGCUCAAACAGGUUCUGGAAAGACUGCAGCAUUCUUGCUGCCAAUUCUCAGCCAGAUCUACACUGAUGGACCAGGGGAAGCUCUUAAUGCAGCUAAAGCUUCAGGGCAGGAGAAUGGGAAGUACGGGCGUCGCAAGCAGUAUCCCAUUGCUCUUGUCCUGGCCCCAACUAGAGAGCUGGCCCUGCAGAUAUACGAUGAAGCCAGGAAGUUUUCUUACCGAUCUAGAGUGCGACCAUGUGUUGUAUAUGGAGGAGCUGAUAUUGGCCAGCAGAUUAGAGAUCUGGAGAGAGGCUGCCACCUGCUGGUUGCCACUCCAGGGAGACUCGUGGACAUGAUGGAGAGAGGCAAGAUUGGGCUGGACUACUGCAACUACCUGGUGCUGGACGAGGCAGAUCGUAUGCUUGAUAUGGGCUUUGAACCACAGAUAAGACGUAUUGUAGAACAGGACACCAUGCCGCAUAAAGGCAUCAGGCAAACCAUGAUGUUCAGUGCUACAUUUCCUAAAGAGAUCCAGAUCCUGGCCAGGGAUUUCCUCGAGGAGUACAUCUUCCUGGCAGUGGGCAGAGUGGGCUCCACCUCAGAGAACAUCACUCAGAAAGUAGUGUGGGUGGAGGAGAGCGAUAAAAGGUCUUUUCUCCUGGACCUGCUCAGUGCCACAGUCAUCCCCAGCGAGGUACAGGACAAUACUGGAGACAACAUAGAGAAACCUGGUAAAGACUCGUUGACUCUGGUUUUUGUGGAGACCAAGAAAGGCGCUGAUGCCUUGGAGGACUUCUUGUAUCGGGAAGGCUAUGCCUGCACAAGUAUCCAUGGAGACCGCUCCCAGAGGGAUCGAGAGGAGGCCCUGAACCAGUUCAGAUCAGGAAAAUGCCCCAUUCUGGUGGCAACAGCGGUGGCAGCUCGGGGUCUGGACAUCUCCAAUGUGAAACACGUUAUUAAUUUUGACCUUCCCAGUGACAUCGAAGAAUAUGUCCACCGUAUUGGACGCACAGGACGCGUCGGAAAUUUGGGCCUGGCCACAUCGUUCUUCAAUGACAAGAAUGCAAACAUCACUAAAGACCUGCUGGACAUCCUGGUUGAGGCCAAACAGGAAGUUCCCUCAUGGCUUGAGAGCCUGGCCUACGAGCACCAGCACAAGAGCAGCAACAGAGGACGCUCUAAGAGGUUCUCUGGUGGUUUUGGAGCACGUGAUUAUCGCCAGACAGCCGCAGGAGGUACUCCUGGAGGAUUUGGAGGACGUGGGGGUCGCAAUCAGGCAGGACAUGGUGGAACCCGUGGCUUUGGAGGAGGCGGUUUUGGUAACUUCUACACCAGUGACGGCUACGGAGGCAACUAUUCACACUCCCAAGUUGACUGGUGGGGCAACUAGGUUCCUCCUCCACCCCUUCACUCAUCCCUUUUCCCACUUCACCUCCUGUCUGAGCUCCAUCUUUCUCCACGUCUGCAUUACACCCAAUAAACCUACAUGCAUGUUAUUAACCUAUUUAUACUCAUUUAUGUACCCCUUCUCCAGUUUUGAUUCACUAAGCUCGUUUUAACUCCUCUUAGUUUUUCUCGUCUUUAUCUUUAUCAUCUCCUGUUCUAUUUUAUUUCUGAAUUCCUGACUAUCUCACCCAUAAAACAGGCCUCAGUUUAAAGUGAUUUUUGGUUGGCUGUGUUUUAACAUAACAGAUUUGUUUGUUUGCUUCCAGCUAGUUACAUCAUUUGGUUUCAGUGAGGACUUUUCAAAUAAUUUUUCUUAGUAGCCAAAUAUAUAGGCAGUUAAGUUCUAGAUGUUAUGUUUUUACAGUAGACAGGCACGUAGUAUUUACAGUGUGCAGACCUUUCUGAAACAGCUGUAGGAAACCAGGGGAUAUCCAUUUUCCACUUCACAUUUGAGUUUUGGCUUCAUCUUGGUUUUGCCAGGGUCCUUGUGUACCUUCCCGUGUCAUCUUUGUAUGUAAAUCAUGUCUAUGUUGUAAAUCACAGACAAAAGGGUUUUUUAACAUAUAACUCAGAUAGGCAUGGCGUCAAAUCUGAGCAAUGUAUGUGCUUAUAAAUUCAAAACCAGGAACUGGCUGAGGUCGUCUUCAGUUAUGUGACGCAUACAUAAGGGGCACAGAAACAUUUUUUAAACAUGUUGAACCGAGUCUAACGGACACUGAAAGUUCAUGGGACUGGUCCAUCUGUAACAGCUAGUCAGUGGGACACAAGGAGGCGCUGUUGCCCAUUAGCAGUGAUGCUAGCAAACAGACUUAGGACUUGUGGUUGGUAAUAUCACAACUACAAGCAGCAUUUUUCUUUUGUUUGAAACAAAAACAAUGGAGGAUCAUUUGUUUCUGUACUGUGCCUUUAAGAAUUUGAACUCUGUCUUCUAUUUCUGUUGUUUCUAUUGCCACAAUACGUAACUGGCUGCAAGUAUUGGCCAACUGUGACUAAAGAUGUAUAUUUAAUGUCAUGUAUGGGUUAAAACACGUUUUUCUUCAUUUUUGAUUCGGAAGGAAAGUAACUGAACUAAAUCACUAAACUAAAUCAAACCUUGGCAACAAAACCUAAACAAAAACUGAUGAGGAAACUCAAAGCUCUUCCUUAUCAUACUAUUGGACUUUAAAUUAGUUAGGUCUCUGAUAGGCUGAUCCCAAAAGCAUAUUACCACUGUAACCCUCAUUAUGUUGAAACACCUUAAAUACACUCUCAUCCACGCCUCUAAUGGAUUGUACAAAGACAACAGACAGCUGUUAUUAGACAAACAAAGCUCUUUGCUGUAGUAGCCUGAGAGCACUGACACCAGCAGUGGUUCUAUGCUUCUGGGUCACAAGAGACCUACUCAUUGACCUGUCUGUCACUUCCACAGCUCUAGUUUGAGCUUGAGAUUGGUUUCCUAAAAUCAUCUUGACACUAAUCGUUGAGUCAGUUGAUGUCAGCGGGCCUCUGAGAGAGAAUUCAGUGUAACCUUGCAUCAUCAUCCUCAUCAUCAUCAUCUAAGCUGUGCUGCCUCUCUUUUUGAUGAGUCGGCGAUGAGAGAAGUGGUUUUAACUGGCCUGAUGUCCAUCACAUCAGCGGUUGCGGCUGCUGGACUGACUGUUAGUGCCACUGUGAUCCUGGGAAACUUCUCCACCCAAACACUGAAACCCUUGUUUACCAAACGCUUUUUCAAGGGGACACAUGACUAAAAGGCGACUGAAAGUCUUGCUCACGCUAUCCUGGAGACUUACACGAAGAGUCUUCUCUAAAAUAAGUCAUUCCAGUUUAAUUGUUAAGUCAGUUGAGGUCAGGGAUGAAAGGGAAGAAUUGGAUAAGCUAGCCUGACUGUCACAGCAGGGGCAGCCGGAGCAAACCCUCCGUAGCACACUGUAGCCUGACCAACUAACCUUUAGAGCAGAUUAGCGGUCUGAUUCUUAGCACUUGGCUCUUUUACAUUAAUGCUCAAGACGGCCGGGUCCAAUGUUGUUGUUCUCCCGAGAGUUAAUACUGUUCCUCACUGCUUUAUUUAUCUGUCAGGACUAUGAUGAAGUCAGUUCUUCUGCUGCGACGUGACAGAAAGCUGGAGUAUUUCUGGAUCUAGGCCCGAAAGAGCCCGUGAGGAGCCUGUGAUGCCAAGUGGCUGCUUAGGAGAGUUGUCAAAAUGCUCACAUUGGUUGUUUUUCACUCUCCUAUUUCUUAACAUUGAAGCAUGUCAGUUCUCCAGAAAAGCAGCAGCAGAGCGACAUGCCGGGUGUGUGCUGCGCUUUAGCUGUUCCUGACAGGCGUGGUAGUAGAAGAGGCAAAACAGAAUCUGACUACAGCCUGUAAAAUGAUGUAAUGGUUGACAAUUAGCUGGUUAGUUCUACUUUAUUAUAACCAGUCAGCAGGGAGCAGUGGACCUGCACCCUGUAUAUCCACGUUUCACCUCUGUUAGAAAGCUUCUUAAAUGAUCUCAUGUGCAUUUGAUAUACAAUUGAAGUGAGACAAAAGAUAUUGUUCAACUGUAAGUGUCAGUAAAACAACACUACUCUGUUUGCUGAGCUGUGUUCAGUGAGUAGUUUGAAGAAGGUUGGAAGUUGGAUUUGUGCUUGGUGUUCACAGGGAAAAUACAGUUCCACAUGGACCAGCAAGAGUAAUUGGCUUGUUAUGCUAUGAGUCCCUCAGUCGCCCGCGGACUGUGAACAUAUUGCAAGCAGGGAACAAGUCAAUAUAACACAUGCAAGUGUUGUUGUUUUUUUGGCCAAGGACGUAAAAAUGCCAAUCAAAUAAAUUCAGUUCUACAGCAGGCUUUAAUUGAUUUAAAACCUUACUUUUACUCUACUUUUUACUAUGAUUUUUAAUUGACCUUUUUCAUGUUUGGGUCUGUAUUUAGAUCUAGUUUUCUCCUAGAUGACUGGCAGGACACAGUUUGUCUUUAACAGCAUCUUUAGAAGCGCUUCAAGCUGCUUGCCAUCAGGAUCCUGGGUGAAAUGAUUUCACUGACCCGUGUAUCUCACUAAAGCUGACCCAGCCUUUAGUGGGACUUUAUAGAGACAGUGGUUCAUCGGUGGACAGUUGUCAAAGUACAUGUAAAUGUGAACUGACCGGUAGCAGGUCAUGGCUUUGUACCUCCAUCGUGUCAAAAUGAAAGCAGAAUGCGUGUUUGCGUUUUUAGAUACUGUUUCCAUUGUUCAGCUAUCGGAUGAAGUUCUGUUGUGAUGGUUUUGCUUGCAGCCAAAUACAGGCUACAUGACAGAGUAUGCGGUUGGUACAGCAAAUUUAACAAACCAAACACCUUUUAACUAAGGAACAGGUUUUACAGAGCUGAUGUUAAGGCCACCUCUAGUUUCUCCUGCAGCAGUGGUCGAUAUUUACUGUUACAUGACAAGUAGGAAACCUGCAAUUAGACAGAACUCUGACAUGCGCUAUUGGAGAUAGUUUUGCACAUGACAAUCAGUUAUCAAGGUUUGCUUCAUCUAAAACUUAAAUUCUAUUAAAUUAAAACUGUUGAUUACCACCUUAAAUUAUCCAGUAAAGUCCUCAAACUCCUCAUAGUGGAGACAUUUGCUGUUUAGGGUUUAGGAAACUUAGCCACUCUCUCUCACUGUUUCCAGAAACACAACCUUGAAAAAUUGACUAAACACAAAUGCUGUCCUGAAGAAACAGCUGACACUGUUACGUAUUCACUAUGUGAGCGAGGAUGUUCUGAACAGUUGGCUGCUGCACAAACCCGAUGAAAACUGUUGUGUUUAGUGAGCACGAUGGAUGUGUCUAAUACCUUUUUAAUAACGACAUGCAGUGUAGAGACAGAACAUAGGAAUGUAUGCGCUUUAGUGUGUAGAUGCUGCAGUGCCUCCUACCAGCCACUAGGGGGCAGAUGACGUAACCAUAAAUGAGAAAAUACAGCUUUUUGCAUGUAGUAAAAAGAUGUUAGAACACAUUCAUUUGAUGGAGUUGCAACAUAUUAAUAGAGCUGGGAGUAGAGAGGUUAUUAACACUGUGUGCACAUCUCGUCAGCAAAAUGCUCCCUGAACAUUAAAUUUCUACUGCAAGUGCAAAGUGCUUUCACUUUGCAGAAUCGACCCAAAUUAAAACGUGGCUAAUUUUUUCUCCUGUGCCUUGAAAUGUCUCAACUACUGAUUCUCCAUAGGCUGAGUGUGUGUCUGUGUGUGUGCCAGGCCACUGCAGAUACAGGUAGUUAUGCAGUAGUGGGUGAACACGUGCCGUUGCAGCAUGUGGUCGACCAAAAUCAACAACAAUAGAGUUGAGCAUAAAUGAGUUGCUUCAAACAUCGUCUGUGCAGUUGAUGGCACAGAUUCAGAAACAAGUUGGGUCUGUUUGUAGCGGGUUAAGAAGGCGAAACGAAAUGUGACGAGUCUAUAAUGUCACAUUUUAAGUACUUUGUCAAACAAUCCCUCAGUUCUUUUUACCUUGACUUUCUUUGCCAAGCUAGUUGCAGCCGUUUAUGGAUGGAAGUGUGAUGGAGACCUGCCACUUGGUCCAAACCACUAGAACCCCAUGCAUGCUAUGAUGAUCAGUGCCUUUAUUUGGGCACAGUUUCUGCUAAAAUGAGAGCAGCUGAAUUUCCUUUUAGCGCUUUUGGGCUCAGUAGGGUGUUAAUCAAGUAGAGGCUGCUCAGUUUAUUUCCUUGGAGAGAAAACUCAUGUAAAGCUGCAGCACUUUAGUUUUCUUUGUUAUAUUUUAAAAAUCUUUUGAUGCCUUAAUUGGGUGAUACCCAGUGCUAAUAGAGCAGAUAGUGAAGAUGGUUCCACUAUAUACAGCAUUACCAUAGCGACGGUCACCAUGACAGAGGACCCUGCAUCACUACGGUAACUGACUGACUUACCAGCAGGUCUGCUUUGGUGGUGAACAGUUAACGGUGCUACGCUCCCAUUGCUGCGGCCCUCAGGCCCCCUCUGCUGUAGAAACCCCACUACGUCUUAGAGGAAGUACUUGAGUUAUUUAGUUUGUUGUUCACAGGACGUUUUCUGUAGUGCAUGUUCCUAAAAGCCUCCGAGAGGCGCGUAUGAGUGAGCGAGAGCGUGAUUGAAGUGUAGCAGUCGAAAACCGGAAAGAGGGUCUGUCCACAGUUCAGUGAGUGUGUGUUUGUCCAGAUGCAUAGAACCAUAGGAACAGUUGUUUUGUUUGUUUUGUUUUGGGACCAGGUGGAGUUCUAGUUAACAGCAACCACAGGAUUCAGCUGUUUGCACACGGAGUUCUCCAGUUAGUACUUUUGCUGCUAGUUUGUGUAAUUUAUCAACCAUUUUUGAGAAAUAUUUAUUUUUGUAAGCCUAAUACAAAAGUUGAUAUUUUACUAAAUGACUUGGCCAAAAGACAGUAAACACAAACACUGGCACUUGAAUGUUGAAUGUCAUAGGUAUGAGUGAAAAUUUCUAUUUUUCUGGGGUAGUGUGAGCUUUUUAAUGUUAAAGAUGCAACGUGUAGGAGUUUCUCUUUGGAUAUGUCACUGUAACAAACUUUAAUGCUAUGCAUAUGCAAAAGGUUUAAAAAUCCACCAAUAAUGCGUUGUUUGAUCCGAGGCACCCCGUCCUCCUGCAUCUGUCUUUCUGCUGCGUAUCCGGUUUGUAUGAGCUUGUCCCAGCGGGAAUACCUCGAUUACAAAUGCAAGUUCUGUUGUGAUAUGUUGUAACUGCCGUGUUGAGCUCAGCUAAAUUGUGCACAUACUUAACUAAGCAUGUUUGCAUGGUAUUGUGAGAAAUGAGACUUUUACUAGUCACAUGCUGGCGAGCCUGUUUUAUUGUGCACUCUGAGUUUAAACUGGCUACUGUAUGCUUAAAAUCUUCUAUCAUAGCAUUUGUUAUAUUUAAAUACGCAGGAAUUUCAAUAGAGACCCUGUAGACGAACUUACCAGUUUAAUAGCAGUCUGUUUUGGUCAAUGCAUUUAAUUGGGAUAAUGCAACAGUGAACAGGUCUGCAGCCACAAUAGCGCUUCACCAUGAAGAUGUGCAUAUGUCAAAUGCAUUAAAGUUAAUGUGACCUAUUAAGAGAAACCUCCUACACGGGUUACCUUUAAAGUCACAUUGGACUCAGUAUCCAACCCAUAAACCUGCCCGUGCACAGGUUCCUUUUGCCAACAAUGAUUAUCAACCAUAAACAGCCAUUCUGAAUUGGUAAAUGAAAUUUGAGACCGUACACAACAUAUGCCAAGGUUUGGAUUAAAACAUUUUAACAUUACAAUCAAAGACCAUUUUGUAAAAAAGGAAAAAAACAAAACACGCAGUACAAAAGUGUCAAGAUUCUCUCCAAGUCAGUUGUUUGUUUUUAUUUUGUUCUUUUCAUUUGAGUCUUUACACUUUUCCUUCCCGGUACAACCCUUGUUGUGAAUGUCUGGCAAGUGGCGAUCUUAAGUCUUUAUAACACAGACUUAACUGUGGUUCUGUUGCUAUGUUGUUGUGAUUUGCAUAUUUUCAGGCUUCAGUGUGUUAAUGCUGUCACUGGGGGGGGGGGGCCUGGCCAGUCACAGAUGGGGAUCCGUACUGACACGACACUAGGGUGAGUGUAUACGAGAAGAGUGAGGCACCUUUCUUUCUGCAAACACUGUGCUCACACUGACAAAUGGGUCCAGCGGCUGAAGCCUCCAUGGACCAGAGUAGAGCCAAAGCACAGCCAAGAUCAGCCACCGGUGAAACACGUGGCACAUGGCUGAACGGUCACAUUUCUCUGGCUUUUGCAUAAGACACAAAAGAACCACUUUACUGAUUUAAAGCACUUUUAAUUUACGGUGAUUGAAAUAUAAAGUUUAUUAAUGCGUUCACUAGAAAGCAGUGGAACAGUUGUCACCAUACCUGACUGGUCAGACCUCUCCAGCAGCAUCGGCCUGGUAGUUAGUAUUUGCUUUAUGUAUUAGUUUAGCAGUUGUGCACGAUGAGGAGCACUGCACGAAGAAAACAAAACUGUGUAUCUAUUCUGAUUUUACCACAAAUAAAGGUUUGGAUUUGCAAAUGUAA